AUGUCGACAACCGAGAAGUCCCCACUCUUCAGCGUGCAAGUGAAGCCCCGGAAGGCGCCCGAAGCCAGCUACAAGAGGUGGCUAUUUGCAAUUGGCGCAGUUGGUGUCAUCGCCGCCCUCGCGCUCUUAACGCUGACAGGCAGUCGGUCGUCGUCGGCCGACUUUUGCGACGCGACGUUCCAAGAGUCGGGUUACAUUCAAUUGCCGCACAAGGUCGACGACCACUACUUUUACUGGUUCUUCGAGUCGCGCUCGAAUCCGGCGACGGACCCGCUCGUGCUCUGGCUCACUGGUGGCCCCGGUGGGUCGUCGAUGGUCGCGCUCCUCACCGAGAACGGCCCUUGCACUAUCGACGCGAACCUCAACACGGUCAACAACCCGCACUCGUGGACGUCGCACGCCAACGUCAUCUGGCUCGACCAGCCAACGGGCGUCGGCUUCUCGUACACGACGAGCGACAAGGACGACGACCACAACCAAGUCGACGUUGGCCGCAACAUUUACGCGUUCCUGCAAGCGUUCCUAGCAAAGCACCCCAAGUACGCCAAAAGCCCGUUCUUCAUCACGGGCGAGAGCUACGCCGGGCACUACGUCCCUGCGGCCGCGCACUACAUCGUGGGCAUGGCCAACGCGACCAGCGACGUGCGCAUCAACCUCCAGGGCAUCGCGAUCGGCAACGGCAUGACGGACACCAUCACACAGAUUCCGUACUCGGCGCACAUGGCGCGCGACAACAAGUACAUCGAUCUCGCAUCUCCCGAAGGCUUUGCAACCCUCAAGGCCGAAGCUGCUGCAUGCGGGAAGCUCGUCGUGCUGUGCCAAACCAACGACUCGGUGUGUCCCGAGGCGACGCAGUACUGGGGCGAGCACAUCUUGGGCCCGAUGAUGAGCUACAGCAACAAGACGGGCAACCCGUACGACAUUCGCGAAGACUGCUCCGUUGACGGCUGCGUCGACCACAUUGCCAACGUUCGCGCCUUCCUCAACACGCCGGCCGUGCAGUCGCGCCUCGGCGUGCACGACAACAUUACGUGGACCGAGGUCGCGAUGCGAGUCUAUGGCGACUUUAGCAUCGACUUUAUGAAGGACUACGUCUCGUUCGUGCCGCCACUGCUCGCGGCGGGUGUCCGCGUCAUGGUAUACGCCGGCGACGCCGAUCUCAUGUGCAACUGG